UCCUAGCCGCAGCACUCGGCAUAAGUAAUGAAAUGUUCUCAGUAAAGUAGUGCAAUUCGAAUUAAACAUGGAGGAGCAGCAGCAGGAAGAUUAUCUUGAAAGAGUUAAAAUGGUAAGAGACAUGGACGAUAACUCGGAGAAUGUGUUAAGUGAGGAGGGAGAGAAGAGAGAAGAAUUGGGUUUAGAAGGGAUUGAGGAUUCAAAGAAGAAUGAAAUGACGACUCGUCAAGAAGAGAUGAAAGAGAAUCAGGACACUGAAAUGAAAAGGAAAAAGAUUGAGGUUGAAACAGGAUUUAAAGAUUGUGAAGUGAAGGAGAAAGAGAAAGAGUCUGAAAAAGAGAUGGAAAAAGAGAUAGAAACUUCCAAAACUGAAACACAUAAAAACAAUUAUGCAUUUAAAAAGAAAUUUUUACAAUCAGAGGGUAUGGUAGCGGUAGAGGCUGAUUGUGUCGAAUCAGUGGCUAAAAAUGACGAGUCGGAGGCAAGUUGUAUCGAGCCGGAGGCAGGUCGCCUCGAAUCAGAGGCAGAUAAAACCGUACAAGCUGAAGAAUUCGGGGUCGAGAAAGAUAUUCUAAGAGAUGUUGACGAAAUAAGCAUUCAAGAGAUUAAAGUGGAAACUGAUUAUUUAGACAUCGACGAUGACGAUUAUCCCUUUCGUCCGGAAUUAGACAGCCGAUCCACCGAAACUUGGUCACCGGGCCCAGCCAGCCACCGAAAAUCGUCCUUUGAUCGACGUGUAACGAUCCCCCGGACGGAUCUACAGAAGUCCCGGCUACAGAACCGGAACCCUCUGGUUAGAUUGGUUAAACUAGAAGAGGGAAGAAGUGAACCCUGGGCAGUAUUAGAACCUAAUCCUAAACCUCUCAGUAAACUUGGAACCUUUACGGUGUCAGGGAAACAAGUCCUCGAGAGGUUUGUUUAUUUGCGGAAAGGAGAGAAAACUGAUUUCAAAACCAUAACAAAAAUAACCAAGGAACUCCAAGAAUUCUGGAAAAUAAUUUUACCGUCGGAGAGUCUGACCCUGGUCCGGACCAGGAUGGAGAAGAUCCUGAAGCUGCAUAAAUCCUUCACGACGAGGGUUCCCUCCAGCUCCACCUCCUCCGAGGAGCAUAGACCCAACUCCGUGUGGAAUAAGUACAGACGAGUCUUGGCAGAGUCGAUGGAUUUUGUUAAACCUGAAAACUCCGGGUUAUCAUCUGAGCUUGAGCUGGGGUUGUCUCGAACUACACGCUCUAGUAAUCAAAACGAGAUUGGAACAAAAAGCAAGACUAUCGAUUUCUUUGAUACUGAUAUUGGUGAACUCCUGGACUCAGACCAUCCCUCAGCUGUACAGUUUGCUGCUGCACUGCUUCAGGAGGUUUUACAGGAUCUUCAGUCUGGAUUCCCAAACCUGGAGAAGAUCAAGUUUGCCUCUUUACUUCUGCAUCUUGCAACUAAACAGUUAGAUUUCAAUCUUCUCUAUCCGUUCUACUCGCAGGUUGAACAGGAGGUAGAAAGUGGAGAACGGGGUUGGGACGCCGACUCGUGUUCCAGUGUAAGAAAGAAAAUAAUAAAAUCUGUUCAAGAUGGAUGUUUGAAAUACGAUUCAGGUCUUCUCAAACAGGAAGCUGAGGGUGGUGGUGUACUACCUAUGGAUGUAGUGUCCAGUCAACUCAAUUUAAACGAAGAUAACUCAAACCAAUCCAACCUAUCACAUUUCUCAAACCAAUCCGACCAAUCAAACUUGUCCAGAAACUCUCUUCAAUCCAAACAUUCAGAUGAAUUAAACCAAUUAAGCCCAACAGUUCCAAUAAAGAAACCUAAACGAUCGGUCCCGCGGUUGAAGAAGAAACGAACCUUUAAAUCCGACGAAUCUGGGGAUUCGGACGUGAGUGACGAUUCUGAUUACACGCCGGUCAAGAAAUACCGGAGAUUCGACGAAACAAACGGAGAGAAGAAGAUAUCCUCCCCUGUCAAGAAUGGAGUAAAGAAAACAUCGUCUGACCGAGUACGAAAACCUGGCCGACCAGCUAAAGAAGAUCGUGCAUCAUACUACACAAAACUAGAGAGGAAUACAGCAUCCGGUGCCCGGAUAGGUCGGCCUUCUAAGAAGAUGUUGGAGGAUGAGAACUACAAGAAGAAAUAUAAAACCUAUCCUUGCAAUCAAUGUGAUCUAGUUCUCAAGGCUGAGAAGCAUAGAGAUGUUCACUUAUUUGAAGAACACAGUCAUGGAACUCUUUGCCCUCAGUGUGGAUACCAGUCUGAAACCUUUGAUGAGUAUGAUUUACACAUGAAAUCUCAUAAACUUAUCUGUGAACUCUGUCAGGUAAUCUUCAUUAUAAUUACAAUCGUUAUGUAAAACUUGUACUGUAUG